AUGGCGGACGACUCCAAGGACAUCAGCAGGCUUCUGAAUCCAGCGGACAACCUCACCGAAGACCUCCUCAUCGAGAUCCUGUCGCGCGUGCCGUACAAGUCGUUGUGCCGGUUCAAGUGCGUCUCCAAGCGGUGGCGCGGCAUCAUCUCCCACCCCGACCACCGCAAGGCGCUGCCGCAGUACCAUCUCCAUGACCUCACCGGAUUCCUCUACUCGAGCCGCGGCCCCGGCCCUGACUAUUUAUCAAUUCACAAUUUCAACCAUGUCUCGCCGGGAGGCCGCCCUCCUAUCCGCCCUACACUCCCCUUCCUGCCUGACUGCGAGCUAUUCGACCUUCUGGAUAGCUGCAACGGCCUGCUCCUCUGCCGCCGCUUCGAGACCGCUUAUUUGCGGGCAUUCGACUACGUGGUGUGCAAUCCUGCCACGGAGAAAUGGGUUGCUUUGCCCGGCUUCUUCAGCAAGAUGCAGGCAGCUCGCUUGGGGUUCGACCCGACCGUGUCCUCGCAGUUCCAUGUGUUCCAGUUCGUGGAGGAUGGGGCUGCAGAUGCAAAUGCCGAUACAGACGACGAUGAUGAUGGCGAUAGUUUUGGGCACGUCAGAGCGGUUGACAUCUACUCGUCCAAAACCGGGGCCUGGACUCACAAGGACAGCGGUUGGGACUUCCUACCUAGGAUAGUGAGUGAUUCUAGAAGUGUCUUUGUCAAUGGUUUUCUGCAUUUGCUCGCCAUCGAGUCUGCGGUGGUGGCAAUGGAUGUGGAGGGAACUACUUGGAGGGCUAUUCCUAUGCCGGACGAUGAGGAUGCCCCCAUAAUAGAUGUUGAUGUCGGGUUCAUUGACCUGUCUCGAGGGCGUUUGUAUCUGGCAAAUAGUGAUCAGCAUGAUUUUGAUAAACUGUCGAUCUGGGUUCUCGAGGACUAUGGCAGUGAAGCGUGGGUCUUGUAG